UUCUCAAGUACUUAAUAUCCUUAUCUUUUCUUUCCGAUCUCUCUAAGAUCUUCUCCAUCUUCCCUUUUAUACAUCCAUCGAAAACAACAAUGGCUAUCCGCCUGCCUCGUAUCGUGAACUCUAAGAAAGUUCCCAAGGGAUACUUUGCGGUUUAUGUUGGAGAAAGCCAGAAGAAGUCUGUGAUACCAGUGUCCUUGAACCAUCCUUUGUUUCAAGAUUUGCUUGGCCUGUCGGAAGAAGAAUUCGGAUAUAAUCAUCCUACUGGCGGUCUCACGAUUCCCUGCAACGAAGACAUCUUUCUCGAUGUCACCUCUUGCUUGAAUUGAAUGUGAGAGAAUUAACACAAAUCAGCCUAUACAAUUUUGUAGAGCAAACAGCUAACACAAUGUAAACACUUUUUUCCCCUUGGGUAGCAGAUAUAAGUCUACCCUAGUGGAAAAUUAGAGAUGGUGAUUACUGUAACUUCUAUCAGUAUGGAAAAUGACUGCAAACA